AUGGCUGAAUCUCCGGGCUCUCCCCUCUCCUCCAUCGUUUCCGACGACAUGUCGGACCGCGAGACUGAAAAGCAGCCCUUCUCGCCCUCGGCGUCCAACUUACCUCCCUCCAAACGUCGUCGCACCGGCGUCGCGACCUGGGAUCGCAACACCCCCGUCUCAACGACCUUCCAGGAUGACAUGCCGCCGCCGUCUCCCUCGAGCACCAUCUCGUCCGACACCUCGGGCGACAUCCCCAACUCUCCCGGCACCUGGGCCCUCAUCGGCGGCAGCCAGGAUGACGACUAUAGCGGCCAAGGUAACGACCAGGUCACCGUGUGUCGCUGGGAUGGAUGCGAUGUCGGAGAUCUAGGGAAUAUGGACGAUCUCGUCCAGCACAUCCACAACGACCAUGUCGGCAGCCGACAAAAGAAGUACUCCUGUGAAUGGUCCGAUUGCACUCGAAAGGGUCAAACGCACGCCAGCGGCUACGCACUGCGCGCCCACAUGAGAAGCCACACCAGAGAGAAACCGUUCUAUUGUGCGCUACCAGAAUGUGAUCGCAGCUUCACCCGAUCCGACGCCCUCGCCAAACACAUGAGAACCGUCCAUGAGACCGAGGCCCUCCGCCCGUCCGACCCGGUCCCCAAGCAUCACAACGUCCCCGCGUCCGCGGCCGGCACCCCUGCCGGAACGCCAGCCAGCAAGCUCCAACGCAUCAAACUCAAGCUAUCGCAACCCCCGAAGGAAGACCCAGACCGGUACAGCGAAAGCGCCGCCGACGAGACGGCAAACACAGACCUCGAUGAGCUCGAGGAUCCCGAGUUGAACCCGGACCUGGGCUUCGACGAACACGAGCUCGCGCUGCCCCCGACGCAACUGUAUCGCGUUCUGCGGCGACAGAUCCACUGGGCCGAGAAAGAAGGCGUCAAGAUACGGGCCGAGUGGGAGAAGAUCAAACCAAAGCGGAAGCAGGCUUGGUUGGAGAAAGAUGCCGUCUUUGACGAUGUCAUCGAUGCUCAGCUUCGAUUGUUCACGGCCCUGGUGGGCAGCGAUACUGGACCUGUCGCAUCCGUUGUCACAAAUGGUGCCGAAAAGGUCCAUAACCCGUCAGAUGCCGCGGAGAAGGAGGCACCGUCUAAUAAUGUAGACGCGGGCUCUGUUCCUUCGUGA